AUGCAGAGGGUUUAUGAAAAGCUGAGUAUCUGGAGGCUGAUCACCUCAUUGUUUGCUUUCUCGUCAACCCCCGAGCUGAUCUUUGGAGCGGCCCUGCUAUACUACUUUAGGGUGUUCGAGCGACAAAUAGGUUCUAACAAGUAUGCUGUCUUCAUCAUCUUCUCGACUAUGGUGUCUGUACUGCUUCAGAUCCUUGCUUUAGGUUACAUAAAAGAUCCUUCUCUAAAUCCAUUGACGUCAGGACCAUAUGGCCUCAUCUUUGCAUCUUAUGUGCCAUUCUUCUUUGACAUUCCUGUCUCAAUGAAGUUCCGCAUAUUUGGACUGAGCUUAAGUGAUAAGUCAUUUGUAUAUUUGGCAGGACUCCAGCUUCUUUUCUCAUCUGGAAGACGUUCUCUUGUACCUGGACUUUCCGGCAUACUGGCUGGGCUUCUGUAUCGCCUGAAUACAUUUGGCAUCCAUAGGUUGAAGUUCCCAGAGUUUGCAACAUCGCUCUUCUCGCAGUUGUCAUGGCCGUUUUCUAACAAUCCAUAUCAAGGGUUACCGACCACAGAAAAUAAUGGAAGUAUCCCUUCUCACCAGGCACAUCAAAUUGAGGAUGCACGCACAGCUACCCAAGAUCCCACGGAGUCUUCUAUUGCUGCACUCGUGUCUAUGGGCUUUGAUCGCAGUGCAUCAAUUCAGGCACUUGCAUUGACCAACUACGAUGUCAAUUUGGCCUCGAACAUUCUGCUUGAAGCACAAGCCCUACAGCCAUGA